AUGGGAGUGUUGCCAAAGAAGGCAGCGGAGCCUGGCGCGAAGGCGGCGGUGGAAGCGGGUUUGAAGCCAGGGGAGGGCGAGUUAGCGGCGAUCCGUCGUCUUCCGCGGCUACGCUUCUCGCACGGACAUGUGGUUCCUAAUGUAGUUUCAGCCGGGGAUCAGGUCGCUGAGAAAGAUGCAGGGGUAGGGAGUGGUGCCACAUCAUUUUCCUGGUUCGGUUUCUUUUAA